UCCUCGUGCCACUGCGACUCUGGUUGCUUUGGCUUGUCAGUUGCACGAGACCCGCAGCAUCUUGUUUCUGAUACCAAAACCGUUGACGUUAGCAUUUGUCUUUGUUCUGUAAAAAGCGACAUUUCUCUCGCUGUACAGUGACGAACUGGACACCGGCUUUCACUUUCAAACAGCGGUUUUGUUUUAGAGCACUGUCACAGCUGUGAGCGAGCCCUCCCGGCGACUCGCGCCCUUUGCAACUCUUUGAAGUGAAUGGCCUAUUCAGAAAGAGAUGAGCUGGACUGAGGAGGACUGGACAGUGGGACUGUCUGGACGAGUCCUACAAAAGGUGAAGGAGCUACAGAUCCACAAGGAGCGACUGUCCAGAGAAAACAAACAGAAACAGCUGCAGCUGGAUAACAUCCAUACCAGCCUUGAAAAACAAACUGUGAAGUUUGAGGAGGUCCGUGGGGAACUGCAGUCUGUACAGAGAGAGCUCCAGAGUGUUCAGGAGGAGGCCAAGGCAGCCAUCACCAGCAGGGAGCGACUGAACCAGGAGCUUCACACCAGGCAGGCCCAAGUAUGCUCUUUGGAGGGCCAACUAGAUGCUGCUCGUACCCUAAACAAUAAGCUCACCCAGGAAGUCAAAAGGCUGGAGGCUGAGCUUGAGAAGCUGCAGAAUAACAGCAGGCUAGCAGACGCCACUCUGUUCUCCACACCCUGCUGGAAUACCACCUCACCUUGGGAGCACAAUGCAGGGAGCAGAAGGGAAGAGAGGUCUAGGCAGCGAGAUGAAGGACAGAAUCGGGAGCAUCACAGCCGGCAGCGGCUCCAAUUCUCAGAUACGCCUGCAGCUUCACUGCAACACAAGAGCACACCCCACCGCCACCCGUCUGACCAGUCAGACACAUUUUCUACACCCUUAGCUGCAUUUCCAUGGGAACAAGACAAUUCAAGACCAGCAUCCAGGAGGCAAAUACCAGCCUCUCCCCAAAUGCCAAGCCCUGAUGUCAUAAAUCAAGGUCCUCUGGAGAAGGGGGCUAGUGGGAAGGAGAAGGACCCCAAGACAGAGGCCAGUGCAGCACCUUCAUCAGAAUUAUGGAGUCGUAUCUCAGCUCUGGAGGAUGAGCUCUCGCAGAAGGUUGGGAUGUUGAAGUCCAUUCAAAAUGAAAUGGUGCAAACCAAAAAGGAGGUCGCUUCUAAAGAGCUCAGCCUACAGAGAGCCCGCGAUGAGCUCAGCUUGGCACACACACGCAUGGCUCAGGACAGUGAACGGGCUUCAGGAGCUGAGCAGAAAUUGAAGCAGCUACAAGAGGAGCUUAAAUGCCAGAGGCAAAAUGCAGAGAGCAGCCGAAUGCAACACCAACAACGCACUAAAGAGCUGGAGAAACAGCAUCAGAGGGAUUUGUCAGAGCUACAGAAGGAGAGGCAGUGUCUGGAAAAGCAGCACCAGCAGGAGGUGAACAAGCUUAAUCAGGAGCUCCAGCAGGCAAGGACGCUCCACAAUGCCCUUCAGGCUCAGGCCGAUAAGCUGUCUUUACAGAAACAGGGAUUGGACAAAGAUUUGGAGUCAAUGAAAGACAAACUGAAGUGGACAGAGGAACAGCUGAAGGAGAUUCAGAAGAAAGAGGCACAGACACAAGCCAAACUGAUGGAAGGGUUGCGUGAGGCAGAGGGUGUGGCAGUGAGUCUGGAGCAGAGCAGGAAGAGAGAGCAAGCUCUGGAGGAGGAGGGGAGGAGGCUGUUGAAAGAGCAAGCUGACACCCUGCGUCUCCUCAAAGAACUGCAAGCAGAAAAAUCUGCUCCAGCACCCCUUCAACAGCCUGGCCAGUUUUGUUCUGUUGGACAGACUUUCUCACCUCAUUCUUCCUUUACUUCUCCCCGACCACCAACCCACAGCAAGACACGUUGUGUUACCCAAGCUGAGCAGACGAGGGAGGAGGAAGGUGUGGAGGAGAGAAGGGCAGAGAUGACAUCAUCUUAUCCCUCUGAUAGAGAGCCAGGAGAGGGAAUUGAUGCUGAGCACAUCUCUGUCAUCACAAACCCUGAGUCUGUGCAAAGAAUGGGACAAACAAGAAGAAAUAAAGAACAAUCCCAGAAGAGUAGUAAUGAAGCAAUAGAUUCUGACUUCCCUUCUAUGUCCAUCACCAACUUCAUGGAUGGUGAUGGACCAGUAGCUUCUAAGAACUCAACUAUGACUCAAAAUUUGAUGCUGUUUGGUGAAAACACUUCCGCUCUCAAGUCUGAACAGACAAUCUCCUUGGAAGACCUGAAGAGGGAGAAUGCACUGCUCCGUUCAGAGAUCCAUGAUGUACGUGAUGAGCUCCAGAGGCGGCUGGAGGACCUGGAAGCCCAACGACAGGCUGAGACAGAAGCCAGGACCCGCCUCAAACAGCUCAGCCGCAAACACGCCAGCCAGGCUGCGGACAGGGAGGAGAAAGACAAGGAAUGGAGGACAAAACUGGAGAACGAGAAGGCUGAGACAGAGAGGCUGAGGAGAACAGUUGCUGCUUUAGAGGCAGAGAUGAAGAGCUGUAAGGAGGAAAAAGAGGAGGAGGAGGAGGAGGAACAGAAAGCACAAGAUGACAGGGAGAGUGAAAUGAUAAAACUCAACAUCCAGUUAAAGAACGAUCUAGCAGAGGUGAAAGCACAACUGGCUGUAGAGCAAGAGGAACGAAAGAGAGACCAAGAUGAGAGGAACCAAAUAAUGGCCACAGACGAUGACAUAAAGAACGAGCUGAGCAAGAAACUGGUGGAAAUAAAGGCUGAAGUGGAGAGCCUAAAGGACAAGAGUAAAGACUCACAAGAACAGAAGAAACAGUUUGUUUUAAACAGCCCUCUGACGUACCUGACUCUCCAUGAUGAUGAACUCAACUCCAACCGUGUUUCCUGUGACACCAAACUCCUCACUUCACCAGAGCAGCACCUCCUGUUCUGCCAGUCCACCAACCAACUCAACACGCUCAUGUCUACAGCAGCAGAAGACAUCAUCCAGGAGGACCCAAAAGUGAUAGGUUUUGAGCAUUCACCUCUCUUAUAUGAUGCUCUAACACCUCAAGUGUUCUCUGAAGAUGACGCCAAACAAAACUAUCAGGAAAGAUUUUCCUCAUCAGGCCCUGAAAGGGGUGAGCAUGCCAACUCUGAUUUGGCAAAAGAGGUGGAGCACUUACAGAGGGAAUAUGCAAAGGAGACAGAACGUGCUAAUCAGUACCAGGCUAAACUAGAGGCCCUACAGAACCAGGUGACACGUCAGACCCAGCAGUUAACCAUGGCCUUUGAGAAGCAGAGUCAGCACAUCUCAGGCCUUCUGGCUGAGCUACAGGCGAAGGAGAGUGCCCUCUUCAGCCAGGGAGAGGAGCUCCUGUGCUGCAAAGAAGAGCUGGAAGCACUAAAGAUGGAAAAUAACAAAGAGGUCAAGAUAUCGGUCAGAGAUGAAAACAAACGGGAUCAAAGAGAUGAGAUGUCAGCAGAAACCUCAGAACAUCAGCUUAAACAGGAAAAGGAGUGUAUUGUCUUCUUUCAGACUACAAACUCACUGACAGAUGGUGACUUGAAUGCACAUCAUCUAAAUAUUGAGACAUGCGAUGCCGAAAUACCAACAUCUAUUGGCAGUGAAGUCAAAAGUGAAGCAUUAUGGUCUGGAGAAUAUCACCCAAGCUCUGUAGACUCCAAUAAGUCUCAGAGAUACUCUACUGACUCUACUUGUGAGGUGACAGGGAAUCAGUGUGAUCAAAAUGAAGGAAAAACAGACUUGGUUACAGAACCGUUGGCUCUCAGACAAGAGAAUCAGCUCCUGACACAAAGAAUAGAGGGUAUGACUGUUUUGGUCACCAGGAACUCGACAUUACAGACUGACAACAAAAACCCAGAAGACCCAGACAAGCAAAGCAAAAACACAUCUGUUGCUGCUUUGUCCUGCUUAGCUGAGCAGGAGAUGCAGUCUGGAACAAGUGAUGUCACAACAGUGGGAGAAGAGUUACAGAAUAAUGCAAACAGGAGUGAGGAUGAAGGUCAAGAUUUAGAAAGGGAAGAUGGGAAAACCAUGAGUGAAAAAGAUCUGGCAGAAGUGUCAGAGGUCCAGGUCAACUACCUACAACAACAGGUGGAAGUGAUGAAAAGGAAGGUGAGGUCUCUUUAUGAGGAAACACAGCAGCAAGCCCAGGAGCUUGCUGUAUGGAGACUGAGCUCCCAGCCAGCUCCUACAUUUGAUCACUUCCUUACCAACACUGAUGAAGAGUGUGAAACACUAGAUCAGAUAUCUGUUGUCUGUCAGUCAUUGUCAAACCAAAAGCUGACCCAGAGCCAAGCUCAAACUCUGGCUCUUAAAACCCAAGUUCAGCCACUUAUGCAGGGUACUCAAAAGAGCCAGGACAACAUCACAGUCAUCAGAGAAGAUGAGUUAUCCCUCUGCUGCUCUUCCAAGAAACUGCAGGGCCGCAUGUUGUACUCCAGACUUCAGAGCAGCAGCCUUCCUGAAGCAAAGAACAUCCAUUCCUUUAAAAACACAUCAAUGCUUAAGGAACCUGCAAAAGACCAGGAGGCCAGCCUACAAUGGUCAGAUAGUUGUGCAGCCCAAUACAAAGUGAAGAGGGAUACUGAAUUUAUCCAAAUGUCAACGCAGAAAAUGGCUCAACAACAUAUUGCAGAAGGUCCCCACAGAUCCUCAGGGCCAAAUCCAACCAACGUGGUCGAGUGUUACACAGAGAAGCCUGAGGCCAUACCACAUCCUUUCGCAGAAACCAAGGAAAUAAACACCAGUGAUUCCAAAGACAAAGAUGCGACAGAGAUGAAAAGCAUCAGCAGUCAAACCGAGUACAAUCUGUAUCGUCACAGUCCCCCAACAGUAUGUGCAGCCACGCAGACUGAGGAGAAGGAAGAAAAUGAAGACAAGUCCAUUGAUUCUCCUUCUGUCUCUCCUGUCUCAUUAGCUGAGAAGGUAGUGUCAGAUGACAAAAUGCUGUUUUCAGGAUCGUUCCCUAUCCCAGCCGACCCGGCCCGUCUGGCUGAAAGAAUUCGCCGCAACAGGACGCAAUUGUCUGCUGCCUUUGAUGAUACAGAGUAUGAACCAUAUGGCCUGCCAGAAGUUGUCAUGAAAGGUUUUGCUGACAUCCCGACUGGUCCUUCAUGUCCUUACAUUGUGAGAAGAGGCUUGCUAGGAACAGCAGUUGUACCCGUGUCUCAGAAUGACCCGCAGAAAGAGGAGGAGACAGAUUAAACACAACAACUUGUAGCAUCAUGUACAAAAAUCUUGUUGAAGGAACUGAUCAGCAUGCGUGGCUUCAUAAUGAAUCUAUGUGAUGGAUGACUGCAGCAGCAGAAACUUUAAGCCUUUGAAUCACACAGGACCUGUUUAGAAAUCUACCGUCGGACAUGUGCUUCUGUACAUGUGUGUGCAGGUAACUGAGCCUGCCCAGACAGAGCAAACACUUCCACUGUGGAUCUGAAACGUUCUAAGUGUCACCAUUUUGUCCUGAAAUUGCUGUGUGAAUGCACUACUGUCCACCACAGUGCUAUCACUUUAUACCCACCUGUAUAUUUAGGUACUAACGUGGGGAUUUAGUGAUACUACCUGAUUUCUUGAACCACUUUUCUAAAGGGACCAUUUUGUUUUCAUUAGCUUAGAAUUAACAUGUGAGUUUGGUCUCAGCUUACUUUGACCUAAACUGUGCCUGGUUGAUGUUUUUCUAAACAAACACUUGUCAAGAUAAGUUUGACUUGUUUUCCCAAAGGCUGAAGCACAGAGGGGCCAGUUGUGAAAACACAAUAUAUUUUCAUUUUUAAAACUUCUUAAGGUGGCAUAUUUAUUGGCACUUCAGUGUGUUUUAGUAGUGAGCAGGUGUUUACAAGUUGUGUGUGAAACAUUAGCUGUGACUAUGAACAUGUGUGUCUUCAUCUUGAUGUUACUGUUUGUAUAUGUGUGUGUGUGUGUGUGUGUGUGUGGGGGAGAGUUGGGUGAGCGCAUUUCUAUGACUCAGUCUAACCUGCUCUUGUUUCCGCUCCAUGUAUGGUGAUACACACUGUGCUCCAUCUCUCCUCGCUGUCCUGCUUUGCUUUUGUGUGUCUUACAUUUAAACUGUAGUUGACUGUACAGCAACUUCACCAAAAACUAGUUGUGGAGCUUUAUUUCUUUAGAACAUAGGUAAACUGAGCUGGUUUCUUCAUAAUAGAUUAGAUGUAACUUAUUUUAUUUAUGUAAUAUAUGAUGCAGAUUUAGUGAUGUGCAUAGAUGAGAGUUAUUAGUUUUGGACUUCAUGAUAUCUUUUUAGCAUACCUGGCAACAGCACAUCUCUCACAUUUCCUUACCUACAAGACUUGACCAGCAAUUUUAAGGUUACGUUCACAUUUUGUCAUGUCCACUUAACAAUAUUGAUUUAACAACUUAAACAUUAACAUGCAGAAUUUUUGUUGUUAGUCACUUUUACAAAGGAAUUUCAAAGUAACAGAGAAAAAAAUCUGCGA